CCCCGCCCCUCACGCCAGCUCGCGCCCCGCAUGGCUGCCGCCGCGGCCAGACCUGUAGAGCUGGGCUUCGCCGAGUCAGCGCCGGCCUGGCGACUGCGCAGCGAGCAGUUCCCCAGCAAGGUGGGCGGGCGGCCGGCAUGGCUGGGCGCGGCCGGGCUGCCCGGGCCCCGGGCCCUGGCUUGCGCGCUGUGCGGCCGCCCGCUCUCCUUCCUGCUGCAGGUGUACGCGCCGCUGCCCGGCCGCGCUGACGCCUUCCACCGUGGCAUCUUCCUCUUCUGCUGCCGCGAGCCGCCGUGCUGUGCCGGCCUGCGAGUUUUUAGGAAUCAGCUACCCAGGAAAAACGAUUUUUACUCAUAUGAGCCACCUUCUGAGAAUCCUCCCCCAGAAACAGGAGAAUCAGUGUGUCUCCAGCUUAAGUCUGGUGCUCAUCUCUGCAGGGUUUGUGGCUGUUUAGGCCCCAAAACGUGCUCCAGAUGCCACAAAGCAUAUUACUGCAGCAAGGAGCAUCAGACCCUAGACUGGAGAUUGGGACAUAAGCAGACUUGUGCACAACCAGAUCAUUUCGACCAUAUAAUUCCAGACCACAACUUCCUUUUUCCAGAAUUUGAAAUUGUAAUAGAAACAGAAGAGGAGAUUAUGCCUGAGGUUGUGGAAAAGGAAGAUUACUCAGAGAUUACAGGGAGCAUGGGUGAAGCACUUGAGGAAGAACUGGAUUCCAUGGCAAAACAUGAAUCCAGGGAAGAUACAAUUUUUCAGAAGUUUAAAACUCAGAUAGCCCUUGAACCAGAACAGAUUCUUAGAUAUGGCAGAGGUAUUGCCCCCAUCUGGAUUUCUGGUGAAAAUAUUCCUCAAGAAAAGGAUAUUCCAGAUUGCCCCUGUGGUGCCAAGAGAAUAUUGGAAUUCCAGGUCAUGCCUCAGCUCCUAAACUACCUGAAGGCUGACAGACUGGGCAAGAGCAUUGACUGGGGCAUCCUGGCUGUCUUCACGUGUGCUGAGAGCUGCAGCUUGGGUACUGGCUAUACAGAAGAAUUUGUGUGGAAGCAGGAUGUAACAGAUACACCGUAAAGGCAUCUUAAAGCCUUGAAAAAUGUUAAUGCUCUUUUAUACCUUGCAAUUCCAUUUCUGAGAUUUUAUCCUAAGGAAAUACUUAUACCAAAAAUAAAGGUGCAGAGAUGUUGAGAGAUUGCUUACACAGUGUCUACAUAUUACUGAAACAAAAGUGUCCACUGACGGAGAAUUAAAUAAAUUUUGGUACAUCCACCGUGGAAGGCUACACAGUCUUAAUUAUAACACCUACAUUGACAACCAAGAUACCAUUAUAGGUGGUAUUCGUGGUUUGAUCCUAUUCUUGUAAAAAUAUUUGUAUGUAUGCACAGAAAUCUGCAAAGAUGUACACUUAGUGCACUGGUUACCAACGAAUGGUGGGACUAACUAAAAUGAUCGUUUUACUUAUACGUGCAUUUCUUUUUAUAAUAAAAAUGGGUUAUGUGCCUAAUGAAGUCAAACUAUCUCACUCUGAGAGCACUUCCCACCCUAAGUUUUUUAAAACACAAAGAAAAAUACUUAGGUAAAACUCCAACAAACUUGUCUGAUCAUUAGCUGAUUAUCACAGGCUCUAGUAUGUACUGGAAGCCCAGAACAUUAGAAAAAUGCCAAACCUCAGGUUGGUGAGUAUGAGAAACAGGAAACCCAGUAAUUCUGAAGCAGCAGUGUCACAGUUGGCAGGAUCAGGAACAGUGGCUUUGUGAUCACAGAACUGGAACUGGAAGAGGCUCUACCUUCAGAACCGAUCUUCGUCAGCCAGUGGCCCUGCUGACAGAUGAGACACUGAAAGGCAAAAGGCGAUGGUCUUCCCUUUCCAUGUCAGCGUUGUACAUAUGUUCCCUGUCGCAUUUACAAGGCUUAUGGAAUGUAAGCCAGGAUAAGGGUCUGGCCUAGGAGGCAGCAGCCUGAAGAAAGGGCCCUGAAGUCAGUUUUCAAAGGGCUGACCCUUGGCCUAUUAUGUUUCUGAUAUAUUUGUUUAAGCAAGUGGCUCCGAAGACUACACUAAGGUUCCUUCCAUCCCCUAGUAGCUCACACUUGACAAUUCCCAGUUAUCUCAGCACCAGUGAUGCCUGCCCUGAGGACACAUUGCUGUUGAUCAGUGCCUGAAUACUGACGGCUAAUUCUGAUCAAUUUCUCAGGCUUAUUUCCUUAAUCUAAAUUGGCUCACAUUGUCCCCUAACACAUCUCUGUUAACUGAAAUGCAUUGCCACCAUAAAUCCUCACGUUUUCAUAGGUAACGUCACUUGCUAAUAUAAUUGUCCAUUUGGCUAUUUGAUUUGUAAUUUAGAAAUUUCUGUCCUAGUAGUCCGUAUUAUAUAAGUAUGUAUAUGCAAUUUGUACUAACUGUGUGUGUAAGAUGCAGUUAUACAUAGCACCAUAUGGAAAACUGCAGUAUGGAGUUUCUCCCAUGGGGAGGUUUGACACUAGGCUACUUAAGAGCUAGAGGGUACUAGUUUCGAACCUGGGAUGGCCAAAUCAAUGAGAACCACCUAUAACUAUGGUGUCAGCCUGUGGCUACUGGAGUAAGUUGUCAUCAACUAGUGACGAGUUGGUCACAACACUUAGUAGGAAGCACAGUGGCGUAAGGAAACCUGGACUAGUGGGGCCUUCAUAUCUAAAAUUAUGUAUUAUUCUGCAUAGGCAGAAUGUGUUAGUACGUUAUGAAUGCUAAGGGCUUUUAAAGCAAACAUGUUAUGGUCUUUCUGUGGUAAAAACUGUUACUUGAUAUGGACAUUCUUGCAGGUAUUUUGGCGUACUCAGCCAAGCUGUCAUUGGUGUUUAUUCCAGUCAACCUCCAGAGAUGAUCCUAAAAGUUUACAGGGCCUUUCCGUUUGGAACAGGUAUAUCAAGAGGGAGACAAACUGGUCCAAAUCACUGGAAAGAAAAUGUCACAGCACCGACUGGGCAUCUGUGUUAAAAAAUAGCAACUAUAUUAAAAAUAAACUGUACAAUAUAAAAAAUUUAAAUUAAAAAAUGCAUUAAGCAA